AUGGGGGAGCCACAUGGGGCCGCCCCGCCCGCCACGUCCCCAGGAUCUCGCUGCCGCCACUCGCCUGUGCCUUCACACCUCCGCGGUGCGGGUCCUGGGGGCCUCCUUCCUGAACGGCCGGCCCCACUCACCCUCCCCUCUCAGCUCCGCCCGAGUCACCGCGGUGGCCUGGGUCGUGGGAGGACCCGGGGCGUCCACACAGCAUGUUUCUUCGACCUUCCAUUAGGACAGAGCGCCGUGGGUGGCUUGCUCGGGCCCGAAUGUAAGCGUGUCUGCCUGCAUAAAGCCAUAUCGGUGGGUAACCACGCGCUCACACAGGAUUGCAGUCAGUGUCCACACAGGCUCGGCGAACUGCUGGACGCCCGGUGGGCCAGGCUGAGUACCAGGAAUCGGACUUCCUCGGGAGUCAGCCGCGGUCCUGACCCUCCCCCUGCCCCCACGACCUUGGUUACCCUAGGCGUCCGGCUCACAGGCACCGGGGUCCAGUGCCGCUGGGUCCGAGCAAGUGGCUCCAAGAGGCUCUGGACUGUGAAGACAAACGCACACGUCCUGGUGAUGGAAACACCCCAUGAGGGCACAUCCUCUUCUCCUGGUUAG